UAUUUCCAACAUGGCGACCGACGGGACGUAAAAAAAAAUUGUUCUGGGGUACUACAUACGGAAUAUUGUAGCAUUUGGACCACCUGUAACCCAUUUGUUUACCAAAAACACAUUCACCGUGCGUUGUCACUGCCCGUCUCUUGCAAAAAAAAAAAGUAAUUGUUGUGACGAACACGUGGGACAUGCAUCGUCGCGGAGCUGCAAAGAGAGACCACAACAACAAACCUGUGAAGAAGGAUGUGAGUGACAGUGAUAAAUACGCCGACCUCUUGGUGUUUGGCUAUGCCUGCAAAGUAUUUCGAGACGACGAAAGGGCUCUGUACCACGAGCAUGGAAAUCACCUUAUCCCAUGGAUGGGGGACAAGAGCAUCAUGAUUGAUAGAUACGAUGGGCGCGGUCACUUACAUGACCUUUCAGAGUAUGACAGCGGUUCAUGGAAUACCUCCUACCAGCUGUCAGAGGAAGAGGACAGGAUCGAGGCGCUCUGCGAUGAGGAGAGGUACCUGGCUCUGCACAGUGACCUGCUGGAAGAAGAAGCCAGACAAGAGGAGGAGUACAAACGUCUGAGUGAAGCUCUGGCUGAUGAAGGCACCUACAACGCAGUGGCCUUCAAAUACAGCGCUGACUACUAUGACCCCUCUCAGCCCACUGAGGAGGAGGAUGCCAACAGGGAACAUGAAGAAGCCGAGCCUGAGGAGAGUGAGGAACCAUUCGUUGCUCCCCCAGGGCUCACUAUCCCUCCUGAUGUGGAACUUCCAGCGACCAUCAAGACCCAUAACAUCAUCGAGAGGACGGCCAACUUUGUGAGUCAGCAGGGGGCUCAGUUUGAGAUAGUGCUGAAAGCCAAGCAGUCUGGAAACUCCCAGUUUGACUUUCUCCGCUUUGACCAUUACUUGAACCCCUAUUACAAACACAUCCUGCGAGCCAUGAAAGAAGGUCGAUACAACCUUGCCUCCGCUGGCAAACAAGACCAGUCUCAGGACUCCAACUCUGACAAUUCAGACGACGAUGGCGACGGUAAUUACCUCCAUCCCAGCCUGUUUGCCCCUAAAAGGUGCUCUCGCCUGGAAGAGCUGGUGAAGCCUCUUAAAGUAAUGGACCCGGACCAUCCUCUGGCAGCACUUGUGCGGAAAGCCCAACAGGAAAGAAAUGGCACUGCUGCGGUAGUGGAAACCAAACCAGAGGAAGUGCCAGAGCCACCUGCACCCACUACACAAGUACAGUACUCUGCAGACCCCAUGUACUACGGCUACUACAUGCUUCCUGAUGGAACGUUCUGCUUGGCCCCGCCUCCCCCCGGGAUAGAAGCCACCUCCUAUUACAACACUAUGCCCACAGCUCCUGCUGCAUCUUCUCUGCCUAAUGUGGGAGCUACACCCACCCCUUCUGAAACUGUCCCAACAGCACCAGCAGCUACAGUCCCCAUUCAAGUCACCAGCUCUGCUGCUCCUGCUGUUGUAGCAGAAACCAGAUUGAAAGCUGAACCUCAAGUUUCCACACCAGCAGUAGCAGCAGCCAUCAUUCCCCCACCACCCGACAUCCAGCCGGUCAUAGAUAAGCUGGCCGAGUACGUCGCAAGGAACGGGCUUAAGUUUGAGGCCAGCGUCCGUGCCAAGAAUGAUCCACGGUUUGACUUUCUGCAGACUUGGAAUCAAUUCAACUCCUAUUACGAGUUUAAGAAGAAUUACUUCAUGCAUAAGGAAGGAAAAGGCCUGCUGGAGAGCGACACAGCUGAUGAUGGAGAUGAGCUUCAAUCAGACCCGUUAAUGACCGACUUCAAGCUGGCUAAAGGCUCUUUCGCACCAAUCUGCUUUGCCAUCAAGGCGAAGGAGAACGACAUGCUGCCGCUGGAGAAGAACAGAGUUCGAUUGGACGAUGAUUCAGACGAGGACAAGUUUCUGGAGGGAGGACUGGAAGCUGUGAUUGCCGGUGCGGACAUGGUUGACAAAGAACCUCUUUCAGUUGUUUCACCAGAAGAGAAGAAACCUUCCCUCAGUUUGGAGGAGUUGGAGGCAAAACAAGCCAAGCAGAAACUGGAGGAUCGUCUUGCGGCUGCAGCCAGGGAGAAGCUGGCCCAGGCAUCUAAGGAGUCCAAGGAGAAACAGCUACAGGCAGAGAGGAAGAGGAAGGCAGCGCUCUUCCUACAGACCCUCCGUAGUCCCUUACCUGGGGAGUCUGACGCCAAGAGAGCUGAGCUAGAUUCAGCUGCACAGCUUGAGAUCCAAGAAGCCCUGUCUCUACUGUGUGACCCUACACCCCCUCAAUUGUCCUCUGCACCACCUGUGUAUCCUCAAGAUCAAAGAUCCGCCAUGGAGAACCUAGGAGCCCAUCGCAGCAGGGAAGCCCCUUCCCCCCCCUCCUCAUCUUCUUACACUACCUCCAGAGGAACAGCUAGAGACAGAGAGCGAGACCGAGAGAGAGACAAAGACAGAAACAGAGAUAGAGAGAGAGACAGAGAAAGAGAGAGAGAACGAGAUAGAGACAGAGACACGGACAGGAGCAAAGGGAGGGACAAAGACAAAAAGAAGAAAAAACACAAGAGGAGGUCAAGAUCUAGGUCACGGUCGAAGAGCAAACAUUCCCUUCCCAGUGCCUACAGGAGAUCCCGCAGGUCUCGAUCCCGCUCGCACUCCCCGGGGAGAAGGGACAGAAGGGGCCCCUCGUCAGAGAGGAGACGUGACGAGAGAGAGCGAGAGCGCCAUCAUCCCAGCAGCAGCUCCAGUCGUCCCAGGGGGCAUUCGAGAUCCAGGGGUGGUUCCCAGGAGAAAGACAAGGCGGUGUCCUCAUCCAUAGUAUCCUCGGUUCAGUCGAAAAUAACUCAGGAUCUGAUGGCCAAAGUGCGAGCCAUGCUGGCCACCUCCAAAACCUUCCAACCUCCCAAUUCCUAAAGAGGCCAAGCCUUUUUCUACUAGCCACAUCAGCCUCGGCCAAUCAGCAGGCAGCAUUUUCCGAUUUCCUGGAGGCUUAAUUUGCCAGGAUCUGUUUUAUCACCCUGUGUUUUAUUUGAGUUUUUAUGUCAUCUUGAUUUGAGGGAUCGCAGAUUGCAUUAGGUAAGAUUAUGAUUUCUGCACCUUUUUGUGAGAGUGAUGUAAAAGCAUUCGUUGGGCUGAAUAUCUUGAUUCACACCUGACGUGAGAAAACAGCUCUUCAGCGAAAACAUGGCGUUAUUAGUUGACAUGUUUUGUUUUAGGGAGAAUCAAAUAUGAAAGUGAUCCCUGAAUUGUUUCAUCCUGUUUUAAAACACAAGUCUGACAGUCGUUCUUUGCAGCAUUACCUGAAGCUGCAGGAGGUCUGUAUUUGCUCCUUCUAUGAAGGGUUGUGCCGUUUUGAUCAAUUCAAUUCCCGUUUCUGUACUAUAUCCACUCUUAUUUUCCCUCUCUCUUUAGUUUUCUUUUCUCUUCAGAACCUUACCAGUCUAUUUGAGAAGCUGUUUGAUUGUCUUCUCUGUCAUUCAGCUCUAUUAUGUGGCCUUCUAUUACUUUUUUGGUUCGAAAUGUAAUUAAUUCAAUUCAAAGAAGAACUUUGUUAUCCAAACUGUCAAUAAAGUUUCAUUUAUGACUUA